AUGGCCUUCUCUGGCCAAACCCCCACCAUCAUUGUGCUCAAAGAGGGCACGGAUACCUCUCAAGGAAAGGGCCAGAUUAUUUCCAACAUCAAUGCUUGUGUCGCCGUGCAAUCCACGAUCAAGAGCACUCUCGGUCCGUAUGGAGGGGACUUGUUGCUCGUCGACGGCAACGGCAGACAGACCAUCACGAACGAUGGAGCUACGGUGAUGAAACUCCUCGAUAUCGUCCACCCCGCCGCCCGUAUUCUCACGGACAUUGCCCGCUCCCAAGACGCCGAAGUCGGUGAUGGAACAACGUCGGUUGUUGUUUUGGCCGGCGAAAUACUGAAGGAGGUCCGGGAAUUGGUCGAACAGGGCGUUAGCGCACAAACCAUCAUCAAAGGUUUACGGAGGGGAAGUUCCAUGGCCGUCAACAAGGUGAAGGAGAUCUCAGUGGACAUCAUCCAGGCGACGGAUAACGAGGAGAAGAAGGUGGAAACGCUACGACGAUUGGCUGGAACCGCGAUGAACAGCAAGCUUAUCAAGCGCAACUCGGACUUCUUCACGAAGAUGGUUGUGGAUGCUGUGAUGUCGCUUGAUCAGGAUGAUCUCAACGAGAAGUUGAUCGGUGUCAAGAAGGUCACUGGUGGUGGUCUCCAGGAGUCUCUGUUUGUCAACGGUGUGGCGUUCAAGAAGACUUUCUCCUAUGCCGGUUUCGAACAACAGCCCAAGUUCUUCAAGGACCCUAAGAUUGUGUGCUUGAAUGUGGAGCUUGAGUUGAAGAGCGAGAAGGAUAAUGCAGAGGUUCGCGUCGAACAGGUGUCCGAGUACCAGGCCAUCGUGGAUGCGGAAUGGCAGAUCAUCUACAACAAGCUCGAGGCUAUCUACAAGACGGGGGCCAAGGUUGUUCUCAGCAAGUUACCUAUUGGCGAUUUGGCUACGCAGUACUUUGCGGACCGUGACAUUUUCUGCGCUGGCCGUGUCUCGUCGGAUGACAUGGACCGGGUGUGCCAGGCGACCGGUGCGGCGACGCAGUCGACGUGCAGCGACAUCCACGACCGGCACUUGGGUACAUGUGGCGCGUUCGAGGAGCGCCAGAUCGGUGGGGAACGCUACAACCUCUUCUCCGAAUGCCCGGGGGCCAAGACGUGUACACUUGUUUUGCGGGGUGGUGCGGAGCAGUUCAUCGCCGAGGUUGAGCGGAGUCUGCACGACGCCAUUAUGAUCGUUAAGCGCGCUCUGCGGAACACGACCAUCGUGGCGGGCGGUGGUGCCUGCGAGAUGGAGCUGUCGAGCUAUCUGCACGGCUUUGCUGACCGCAACGUGCCUCACAAGCAGCAGGCGGUCGUCAAGGCGUUUGCCAAGGCCCUUGAGGUUAUCCCCCGGCAGCUGUGCGACAAUGCCGGAUUCGACGCCACUGAUAUCCUGAACCGUCUCCGGGUCGAGCACCGCAAUGGCAACGUGUGGGCUGGUGUGGACUUUGACCACGAGGGUGUCCGGGAUAACAUGGCGGCGUUUGUGUGGGAGCCCAGUCUGGUCAAGGUCAAUGCCAUCCAGGCCGCUGUCGAGGCCGCCUGCCUGAUCCUGAGCGUGGAUGAGACGAUUAAGAACGAGGAAUCAUCCCAGCCUCAAGCACCAACCCGGGGUCUCCCGCCGGGUGCGGCGCAACGGGCUCUUGGAGGUGGCCGAGGACGUGGCAUGCCUCGGAGAGGUCGGUAG